AGACCCCUUCGGAAUACCAGUGAUGUCUGCUAUCAACAAUUGAACGAACACUUCAACUUUCAAACUUAACACUCUGUCGGUUACUGAGUUGUGGAGCAAGUUUUUCACUCAUUUUGCUGCUUUGAAUAAAGAAACAGUCAUGAUGAGUGCGGACAGUACCAAGGAUGAUGCCAACUGGGUGUCUUUUGAUGAAGUGCCAUCUUUUUUGUUAAAUUUGGCAGAACGCAUUCAAAUUCUAGAACAAGCUGCAUGUCUAUUCAGAGGUUGGGACUCUGAAAUAAAUGAACUGAAAUCAGCUACUAUUUCAGCAUUGUCAAAUUGCAGGAGGGGUAUCGAAGAAAUGAAAAAAUACGGGAAAGCUUUGGAACCGCAAUUUGAAGCUUCUAGCGCCAAACAAAAUGAUUUACGACGUCUCAAGCACAAAAUGCAGUUUAUACUCAACAACAUUCCUGAUCGGUUCAACUGUCCAUCCAAUAUAGCUCAGUUAAACUCUGAGGUGGAAAAGACUGAUCAGUUGCCUGUCGAGGAGACACAGAUGGAACCAAGUCAGACUACCAUCAAGGAAAAAUCAACUAUCAAGAUCCCUGAUAUCCUAUUUCUUACUGUGGAUGAGUUUGAGAAAGUGCCAAAGUAUAUGAAAGGACGAGUAACUUAUGAAAAAUUAAACGCAUUCAUUGAAGUUUUCAACAAAGUACUGCUGCAAAAAUACACUAUUUUUAAGAAAAAGAAGUCAACACUCAAGAAGCGCGAUGCAGAUUUAUGGAAUGAGUUCAAUAAACAGGAACUGAAAGAAACAAAAGGUUUGUAUUUCUGUGUUGGAAAUGACUUCAAAACUUUUAAUGGAUUUUCUUUGGACAAAAUGUCUCUGAACAUGAUAACAAUAUUGAGGCAUUGUGGGAGAUUACGUGAACUUCGCACUGGUGGGAUUCUGCGGUAUGUUGCUAUGUUCUAAAUUAGUGAAGUAUCUUAAUGAAUUAUACAAAUAAAAUUCUAUUGUCUCAUUAA